AUGGGUAGGGAAAAGGUUCAUAUUAACAUUGUGGUUAUUGGCCAUGUCGAUCCUGGGAAGUCAGCUACUACCGGUCACUUGAUCUACAAGCUUAGAGGUAUUGACAAGCGUGUGAUUGAGAGAUUUGAAAAAGAAGCUGCUGAGAUGAACAAGCGUUCAUUCAAGUAUGCUUGGGCUCUUGACAAGCUCAAGGAUGAAAGGGAAAUAGGUAUCACUAUUGAUAUUUCCUUGUGGAAGUUUGAGACAACUGAGUACUAUUGUACCGUCAUUGAUGCUCCUGGUCACAGAGAUUUUAUUAAGAAUAUGAUUACUGGAACACCACAAGCUGAUUGUGCUGUUUUCAUAAUUGACACCACUACACCCAAGUACUCAAAGAGUAGGUAUGAUGAAUUUAUCAAGGAAGUUCCUUCCUAUAAAAAGGAGGUUGGCACAACAACGGCAGUCAAAGACAUGGAUUCCUUUGUCUGUCAAAGAUACAUAUCUCAUAGAUAUGACAUUUCAUAA